GUGAAAGUGGUAACAUUUGGGUUGGAUAUAGUAAUGGUAGGCUACAGUAUUUAUUGCAAUCUUCAAUUUUGACUGGAAUUGUGUUGGUCAUUGUUAGUAAGUGCAUAAUUUAUUCCAGUUCAAAAUAGUUACGCAAAAUACUUUACUCAUCAUAUUGUUCUGCUUACCUCUUUUUAUUGUAAUAAUUGCUUAACAAGUUCCUGAUCGCGGUAGUGGGACAUUUCUUUUGUUUUGAGCACUAAAGGUAUGUGCAUGGAUCAAUGAACUAUGUAGACCAGACUCAGCUGAUAUUACACUGGUAUCUAUGGAACCACCCCCUUACGAAGAUCGGAACUGACAAUGGUUUUCAAUUGUAAACGGCCUGAGUAACUUAUCUUCAUUUAUCCACCAUCUUUGGUAGGGAAAGACCAAUGAAAAUGGCGGCGACAGGGUCUGCCAGAUCCACUAGUGGAUUAGGGCAAAAAUACAAAGCCAGGCCCGCCGAUAUGCUGAACACUCGGACACAUUCGCAGCUGCUAACCCUGGACGAGGCAAGGUGUCCGGUUUGUUCGGAGAUUUUAUUGGAGCCCGUAACUAUGCCAUGUAGCCACUCGGUGUGUCUGCACUGUUUCAAGCGGACUGUGGAAUUCACCAGUUUGUGCUGUCCCCUCUGCCGACUGCGAGUAUCCAGCUGGGCCCGUAAACAGUCCCGGGAGAAAAGCCUAGUGAACAUCGAACUUUGGGAAAUUGUUCGAAAGAGUUAUCCACAACGAUGCAAGAGGAGAAUGGAGCAGAGAGACAGUGAGACUAGUGGAGAAGAGAUUUUCAGCUCGCCUGCUCAGGUAUCCAAAUCUGGAGAGAUCCGACUGGAGUAUGGAAAGCAAGUAAAGUUACCAAUGAAUGAAGAGAAAGAGGGGAGGAGGAAAGUCCUCCACAACAGAAAAGAGGAAUGUGGAACUCUCAAGCACUUUCAAGAUCCUUACUUUGGUUUGCUGUCAGACUCGGAGAAUGAAGAACCCGUUGGGAAGAGAACCAGAAAUGUGUCUGCAUUUGUUAGAAGAACAAAGACCUCGGCAGACUUCACAAGAGAUGGUCUACAGACGAAUGUGGUGCAGCGAAGCCAGAGCUGUACCGAUACAGAGGAGGGAAGGCGAAAAAUGAGGGUGUCUACUCAUCUUCCUGGACUGGACAAGGCAAGUAUUGCUCUCAGCUACAAUGCAGGAAUCCUUCUGUCCUCUGAGAACAGCCGAUCUCUUUCGGCACCCAUAAUUGUCCAAGACAAGAGGCAUAGCUGGCGAGGCGUCAUCAUGGCUUCAUCAACACCUUUUAUGGUCCCCCAGUCGAAACAGGAGAGGUCCGUUAGCCCUGAGAGCAAUGACAGUAUCUCUGAGGAGCUGAAUCACUUCAAGCCAAUAGUGUGCUCGCCGUGCACCCCACCAAAGCGACUACCCGACGGGCGAGUGAUGGAACCCACAAUUGUGAAGUCCACCCCACGGAACUUAUUCCGCAGGCUGGAGAGGCCCACCAGCUAUGAAGCCAGCCCUACUAUCCUCCAGAAAUGGAAGCAGAUAGAGGUGGACCGUCAGUCUGUCAAAGUGACCUCAAAGGGCACCUUGACCAGCCCCAUAAACGUGGACCUUGUUUUCAAACCAAGCCCUGUAGAGAAGGAUGGCAAGCCCUGCAGCUGCGCUCUAGCAGCAAAUAAGGGAGAAGAACACUUGGGUAGGUGUGAUAAGACUGAUUCCUCUGGGCAAGAGAAUGAAAUAACUUGUAUACAUAAUACACAAAGACUGAUAUUUUACCAGACCAUUGGAGAGACAGCCCUCCAUCAAAAACAGUUCACAAAGUUUCAUACUCCGUUUGUACCUUUAAACAGUGAGGAGACUGUAACAGAGUGUGGGGUUUCUUCGGAGUCUGUGGUGAUACCUGUAUCACAUUGUGGACCAACUUCAAUUAAUCAAAAUCCAACCUUAGUCCCACACAAUAUAAAUGACAGUGUUAGGGGUUGCAAUCUUAAAUCAAAGGACUCACAGGAUCAGAGAAAAUAUUUGGACAAUAGAAACUGUGCCCAGAACAAACCUACCUCAAGGAGGGGUAAGAAGAGGAGGCAGAAGACCAAACACCUGGAAGAGACAGAGUCUGGACUCAAGAGGCCAAGAUCCCAGAGCCAAUAUGGUUUCAAUAUAGAUUGUGCACAGGCUGACCUGUACAUUCAACAGGUACAGCAAGAGAGUGAGGAUAGAGAGCUAGCGUUGAAUCUUCAAAGACAGUUUGACAGGGAACAGCAACAAGUAGACAAGCAAAAGACCAGUUUUGACAAGUACUUUCUCCGGUCCUGCAGUGAAAACAGAAUCGUAUGCAAUCCACGUAGAUCAGGAAGAAUUUCCAAAAGGAAUGAGCACUUUUAUUGCAAUUAUUAAAUGGUUAUUCUUGUGCUUUUUUUAAAUAAUAAAAAUCUGCCAACUUCUUGCAUACAAGAACUAUACUGUUUUUACUGACCAUGUUCCAAAUUCAGUGCUUUUAAAGACGAACUUAUAUUUAGUUUCUACGAACAUGAUUUUGCUGAACAUUAUUAUUUUCUUCUCGUUUGCAGUUACUCGUGGCAAAAUGUACAAACACUACAUCCUAUAUUUCUGCAGUUCAUGCACUGAGAAAAAACGAAAUGAUUCACGGCAUGAGGUUGUGUUGAUUCAUACUGUGCAGACAAUUGAAAAUCUUUGUGUUCAGGGUCAUGUAUGAUUCUGAUUCUAGCUCAGCCAAGGAUGUGGACACAAGAUCUAGCGCUAUUACUUUCUCAGACCCUUCAUUCAGAUUCCCAUUAACCCAGAAGAGUAACAUCCUAUUGAUUAUUUCAUGUUCCACAUGUUCCUUUCUGCACCAACGAUGCACCUAGCACCUUUGUGAUGUUUUGGGAAACACUUGUAACAUCUUCGUGCAUUAGGAAUGAUGCAUUGUUAAAACACUCGUAAAAUGUAAGUUCCAUUACAGUGACAUCUUGCCCAGUUUAUAUCCUUGGCUCAGCUAAAAUAUUUUGCACACAGACAGUGUCCAUUGGCACCUCAAUCGCUCUGUAUCUCAUUGCCUUUUAUAGCUGAAUUUAUUUGACAUAAUUUGGUUUUAGUUGAAGGUAUAUUCAGCGAUGUGGUUUUACCAUGAACAGCUGGGUGUCUUGUGACAGAGUUGCACAGAUUAUCAAAUUUAAGUCAUAUUGAUUUGUGUCUGUCAAUGUUAGACAGUAUUUGCCUGAGUAGUGGUUAACAUUGCAGAAACCCCAUCAAUAAGAUGUAAUGAUCUGACAAUCUGGGCAGAAAAAUUGCAUUGCAGGCAGCCUGAAACGUGUGGGUGUUGAGGUGUACAGCCGCUCACACUUUUCGGUUGCACUGCAGCUUCUGGCCAUGUCAGAUUGUUGAGUUAAAGGAUCAGUGUGGACAGGUUAAAUAUAUGCAAUAUGUGUAAACUGCUGAAAACUAUUACAGUAAUAUUGGAAAGGGGUACAAUAAUGUUUUUUGGAGGAUAUUUUUCUGAUCAAAUUCAAUACCGGUAUGUAUUUUCUGUCAAUCGUAUGCCCACACUUCUACCUCAACCCUCACUGUUGGGAUUUUGCAUUUUUCUCAAAUGAUUUAUGCCCUCUUAUUGACUACUACAAACUAAAAUGGAUCUGCAUGUGUAUGGUACAACUUUACAAAGAUGUAGCACUGCCAAAGCUUAUAGUUUUGAUCUAUAUUAAUUAUAGGUUAUAGUAUGGUGGUAAUUAGGACAACUGUUUUAUGCAAUAUUUCUAUUGGAGAAUCCACGUUAAUAUAUUUCAUCAGCAUUGUUAUUUUUCUAAUCUUUGAGUUGUAGUUACUAUAUUGUUUGAGACGCUUAUUCAAAGGGCUAUUAUUUUAUCUGAGAAAUGUCUUUCCAUAUUCUAUUUGAUUCUUGUUUUCUUGAAGAUGUAUAUUCUUCCAAUGGCAUAUGCCAAAAAUAUUAGCUUUAAUGUCAUUACUACUUAAAUGUUUAAGUAUAAGAUAUUGCAAUAUUAAUAUGCACAUUAGGGACACAUACUUGUAUAGUUUUUUUUACAUAGUUUAAAUAAUCAGAUGCAUAUUUUAGUAUUGGAGGGGAAGUUGGUGCCAAAUGGAAAUAGGUUAGUGCCAAAUGGCUGAUUUCUGUCGACUGUGUCAUACAUCUGCAGUUUUGUUUACUUUCUUGACUUAAAGAUUAGGUUAUUGAUUCUUUAUAGUAAUCAGAAUGUACCACUUGUAUAGCCUACAUGAUUAAUUGACAGCGCUGUACUUUGAAGGAAACAACUUGUUUGGAUCAUGUCCAUUCACAUUCUGAAGGAACUGUGAAACACAACCCAUUCAAACGCAACUGAGACCUGAAAGACAUUUUCAUUCAAGCUCGUCUCGUUUUAACUUUCAUUUGAAGUAUGUAAAGAGGUUGGCACAUACAAUUGAAGUCAGAAGUUUUUACAUACACCUUAGCCAAAUACAUUUAAACUCAGUUUGUCACAAUUCUUGACAUUUAAUCCAAGUAAAAAGUCCCUGUCUUAGGUCAGUUAGCGCACCACUUUAUUUUAAGAAUGUGAAAUGUCAGAAUAAUAGUAGAGAGAAUUAUUUAUUUCAGCUUUUAUUUCUUUCAUCACAUCCCCAGUGGGUCAGAAGUUGACAUACUAAUUGAGUGUAUUUAGUAGCAUUGCCUUUGCCUUGUUUUGGGUAGCCUUCCACAAGCUUCCCACAAUAAAUUGGGUAAAUUUUGGCCCAUUCCUCCUGA